CACCGCGCUCACACAGCCGAGGACGGUGCUGCGCCGCCGGGGACUCUCUGCGCUCUUCACCGGGCUUUGCUGCUGGACUCUGGUCGCACAUCGGAGCUCUCUGGACUGAGAGGAGGGCCAGAGGGAGAAGAGAGGACGCAGGUACCGGAGCUACCUGCUGCAGGACUGAGCCAGACACUCACCUGCCUGGAGGCGACAGUAAGACUCGGACACAUUGUACACCGUUUGUCCAUGUGGGACAAGAGGGAUGUGAACCACAGCUGGUGGUUAUUACUGUAAAGAAGAGACAGAGAAAGAACCUCGUGUCAAAUUUCCCUUCACUUGUUUUUGCACCUGAAUGUGCAACAGAAGAUGCGUCUCUUUUUUUCUUACACUUUGCUUGUCCAGAGAGACAAAAGUGAUGAGAUGUGUUCAGGGAACUAACACAGCUGUUUGGAUGGAGAAGUUCUGCAGCUGAGAGAGAGAAAGAAGAGAAGAGAGGAAGUUACUUUAAAGUGUCUUUUAAAAAAGAAAAAUAAGAAUUAGAAGAGGACGAAGAAACCCCCCCCCCCCCCCCCCCCAGGAGAGAGUUGGACAUGGAGGGCGUUGGGUCUGAAGUCUGUGUGUCGGAGCAGCCUGCAGCUGGGAUGCGCUGUGCAUUUGAGCCGCGACGUUUCACGCCAUGAUACGGGAACCAAACAGCACCUGACCGCGAAUGUAACAUACCUGAACCCAAUCCACAAGGCUCGACCAUGUCCUCACUUCUGACCAGGAAGCUGACUCUGUGCCAGGCCCUGACCUUUGUCCUGCUGCUGCUCGCUCCCGUCUGCCUGUCCUCCCCGCAGAGUACCUCCUGGGUUUCUGCGUGGGGUCCUUCCGGUGAGGCCUCGUCGGGGCGCCUGGCACGUGCCCGACGGCAGCUGCACUACAGGAACGAGUGGGCAUCAUGGAGCGGCUGGUCUGUCUGCUCCCGCAGCUGUGGGGGUGGAGCCUCAGUGCGGACGCGUACCUGCAUCACCAGGAACCCGGUGGGUGGACCAUGUGCAGGAGACCCCAGACAAUACAAGAUCUGCAACACCAAGGAGUGUCGUCCCGGCUCUGAGGAUUUCAGAGAGAUGCAGUGUGCUGCCUUCAAUGACAGACCGUUAGUGGCGGGAAACUCCUUCAGAUGGACGACCUUUCAUGGAGGCUCUAACCCCUGUGAACUGAGCUGCCUGGCCCUGGGUCACAACUUCUACUACAACUUUGGCCGUGUGCUCGAUGGCACAGCCUGCGACAAGGAGCCUGGAGCGGUGUGUGUCAACGGACGCUGCCUGAAGCCGGGAUGCGACUCCAUCCUGGGCUCAAAGCAGCAGGAGGACGCCUGCAUGGUUUGUGGAGGACACAACACCACCUGUCUGCACCACAAGAACGUGUACCAGAGCAACAGUCUGGAGGCAGCCGGACCCUUUGGAUACAACGAAGUGGCCAUGAUACCAGCUGGAGCCACUCACAUCCGAGUCACAGAUAACAGCAGGAAUUAUCUGGCUCUCCAGAACGGUCGCUCCCAGUUUGUGAUCAACGGUAACUGGAAGAUCAGUAUUCCAGGUGAAUACAAUAUAGCCGGGACCAAGCUGCUGUACCGGCGCUCAGCAGACACCUGGGAGAGCUUCGAGGUGACGGGACCCACCAAGGAAGACCUCCAUCUAAUGGUGCUGGCCACAGACAGUAACUCAGGCAUCGAGUACGAGUACUGGCUGCCACCAGACCAGUACGCCCUCUACCAUGGGAGGAGGAGUCCACUGCGUCAGGCUCACCACACCGCCAGCUACCUGCCCUGGGAUCAGCCCACCACUACAACCACCACCGCCACCACCACCACCACCACCCGGCCUCCUCCAGUCACCACCCAACCCCACUGGUUUUUACGGCCUGUGAAGCCGCCGCGCCAGUCAGGCCACCACAACCGCCGCCAGCGCCCUCACCAGCCCAUCCUGCCCCGCCUGGAGCGGGAGGAGAACCACAGAAAUCUCCUGCCUCAGCCUCCACCUGGACGAUAUUGUGGAAAAUGUCAGCGUGUUAAAGGUCGAAGGGAACGCCAGAGACAGUAUUGUCAGAAGGACUUUGUGUUCCGGGGCAGAGUCCUUGGGAAGCUGUACAGAGGCGAAGAGACGCGCUACGAUAUCCAGAUCAUCCACACCUACCGGAACCGCUUCCGUCUGGAGCACCGGGAGUUCCUGUGGGUCCCUAAUGUGUGUGACUGCCCUCAGCUGGAGGAAGGGAAACAGUAUAUACUGAUGGUGCGUCGUCACAUUAACUACGAGCACACGCUGAACCGCAUCCUGCUGGAGGAGGAGAGCUACGUGGUGCCAUACAGACCCAGAGAGGACGAGCUGCUGCGACCGCUCGAAAGACUCUGCAGCAACAGAGGACCCAAACAUCCGGCAGAGCUGAGGCGAUGAGUGUGAAGACAAACUUUGUGUGUGUGUGUGUGUGUGUGUGUGAGUGUGAGUGAGUGUGUGAAAGUCAGAGAAUGAUGCUCAUGCUGAAGCUUUAUUCACCGCCAGUGUUUCAUUUCUGGACCUUCAAAACAUCAGCGGACUCCAAAGCCUGAUGAUUUCCAGAGUGGUGUCACUGGACAGAGAUGAAAGUUGGAUUCAACCUCAUUUGAAACUCGCCACAUUGAGAAACCAAAAAGACUCAUGUUUAUUUAAAAGCCUGACCAGCUUACUGUACCGUAUAGAGCACUUUAGGUGGACGAUUGUGCCCACCUUUAAACACAUACCAAAGAGAAGAAUAUUUACUGAAAUGGCCUUUUUGUUAUUGCUGAUUUUCCACAGCUGUCAUUUAAUUUUUUUUCAUAUUAUUGUAUUUGUGUGUGUGUAAACUUAAAAGAAAAAUUCACCUCAGAACACAGAAACAGCUACUUAAAUACCCUCAAACACAAAUUUGUCCCUUGCUUCUUUCUGGGAAUGAAUCAUGUGUUCGGACUAAUCCAGAUGUUUCCAGCAGCUCAGUAAAGUUUGUAUCGCAGCAAAUGCUUGUGCGAUAUAAAAUAUGAGUGAGGUUGUCUGAACACACAGUGAACACACUGCCUGCGUUGUGUAUGCGUGGUGGCUGCUGUCGCUUCUGCGGAGAAACACACUGUGUCUGUGUUCACACCGGCUGCGUCACAGCUGCUGCAGUUCUGUCUCUUUACAUUGAGUUCGCAGGUUACAUGAAUGUUGGAUUUCUUUUCAUUGUUAGUUAAUUUCUGAUUUAUUUUUGGCAGAAAAUGUAAGUAAAAUAUCAGUGCCUCCACAUGCAGCUACUAAAAUGGUUAAAAAAUAUAUUCAUAUUUCUUCAUGUCUGUGUCAUAUUCAGAUUCAGACAUAGACAACUAUAGUGGAAGUUGUCAGUUUUAUGUAACAUCAACAAAUCUUUCCUCUGCUCAUUUUUGCUAGGAGACACGUGUCAUAUCGUGAAAAAUAGGCAAGAUGCAGAAUCUCUAGAUCAUGUGAUGCUGCUGCAAGGCAUGUGUCAACUCUAACCUGUUAACAUGGCCACCGAAAUGAAAACAAAGGCGUUCUGCAGCCGCGACGCACACACCACGCAGCCAGUGUGUUCCUGACCUGAGAUUCCACUGUUUGUGUUGAGGACGUAAUUCAAUGUGAGUAAUCUUUUUGAAAUGGGAAGAAUUUUCAGCUUCAGAACUCUGUUUCUCCACUACAGCCACAGAAAAACAAAAUGCAAUGCAGAUUCCACCUUUAACAAUGUUAACGGAGUCUAACUCUGCUACCACUUAUUUUCCACCUUUAAACAGAAGCUGCAUGUAACUACUAAUUAGAUUAUUAAAAUGUUUAGAUUUGCUACAAAAUGUGGAAUCACAAAAUACUGAACAUCAUACAGUGACGUUCAGCUGCAUGACCGGUUCUGAAGGUGGAUUUUUCUUUUAGCUUUCACUCCAGAUAUCUAACAACAUAUCGCUUCACAAUGUAUUUAUGUAUAAAAAAAUAAGCUUAAAUCAUAACACUUUACUCUUGCGUCACUCGUUUAAUGUCUUUCACAGUGUUUCGUUUUUUAUAGUGUUUUAAAUCAGGUCUGCUUUGUGAUACUUUACAUGAAAGACAAUAUGAAAUAUACAGUAUUUUAUUGUGUGGCACCGAUUAGCUGCAAAUAUACUAAAACAUAAUUGUUUUUUGUUUUUAUUUUUGGAGAAAAUUUGCAGCCGUCUGUCAGUAGUUUGUGCCCUUUGUUAUGCAUUUGAAACCUCAUCUACAUGUGCCAAGAGUUUCUUUGUACAUCUGUCCAUGUGGUGUAUGGAUGAUAAUGACCCACUUUCUUGAUAUAAAAUCAUUAUAGAAGUUAAAAAAAAGCAACCGUUGCAACAUAAUUUGGAUGUAAUGUAGUAGUGAUUUUUGCUCUUGAACGCACAGCACAAAGGUGAACAAACCAAGCAUGAGACCAGCAGCGUUUGUAAGAAAACAAUGUAUUUACAAAAAUGCUUUACAUCUACAACAAAGGAAACACUGCUCUAAACUACAGAUAAUAUAACUGUAUAUAUAUAUAUGUGUAUAUACAUAUACAUAUAUAUAUUUUCUUAUUUUCUUAUUUUUUUUGUUUGGACUGAGCCAGCCGCUCAUUAACCGUAAAGAAGUCAUCACAGACACUCAGCUCAGUUUCCCUUCAGUCGAGGGGAGAGAUGGAGAACUCGUUCACAGUUUUCCAUCAUCAGCAGUAACCUUUCGGGGAAGAGGGGGUAUUUUUUUUAGAUUCAUAACAUAGCUCACCUCAGCGUCUUGGAGACACGACUACUUCAUCUGAAGGCAUGAGACAGAAAUCUUCUGUCCCUUCUGGAAUUCAGAUUUUAUUUUUUAUUUUUUAUUUUUUUAGCACUCCUGGUUUCAAAUUGAGUAUCAAAUGCAUAAAAUAUAAUGUAAACAAUCACAGUUCACUCUAUUAUUAAUGGAUUUAGAAGUGAAUGAUGUACUGUAAAGCAACAUACUUGCUCCUCAUUAUAAGUCAAAUGCAAACAAAUUUUUUGCCCCAAUUAAACAAGCAACAAUUAAACAAAUCUAUUAUGUUGAACUUUGAAGAGCACCAUACAUUUCAGUGUAGCUGCCUCUCAGUCGCUCUUCUGUCACUGAGCGUUUAAAAAUCAAUCUUGUGAAACGAUGCAGAGAAAACACUGACAGAGAAUCUGUUCAUCAUCUGAUCUUUGGACAUUUCAGGUUUUAUGUAAAUGCAUGAACAAAUUUCUCUUUAGCUUGAAUGUGGAAUGAAGAACCAGUCCAGGAGUGGCCUCUUUGACAGGUUGACACAGUUCAUAAUUGAAGGAGUGCUUGGCUCUGUUUGGACUAUUUCUGGUGUGUAACUGUUCACACUAAAUGAAAUAGUUCAUGCUGUUAAUCUCUGUAAUUCCACUGUGACUUUUCCAUUCAUUGUCAUGACAGCAGCUGAUUUCAGCUUCAGGUUUUGUACUAAUUUACAGAAGUGAUAAAAAAAUAUCAUUAUAACACUGGAGAGAAAAGUGCUUAAUAGAUGUUCAAGCAAUAGUUACACAUUCUGCCUAUUCAUUUUUCUGAUGAGAGUAAGACUGACACUCUCAUGUCUGUGCAUUAAAGGGGUUAUACGUAA